CGGAACUGAUGGGGCCUUUGAUGUUCCUACGUAACUUUUUUCAAUUUCACAUAAAAACUUAAAAUCUGAGCAUUUAGGUAUCACUUUUUAACGACCUGAUGUAAAAAGUGACAUGCAACUUUUCUCUGUCAUAGUCGUUUGAAAAACGAAGUGAUAUCCACUUAUUUUGUGCUGGUAUUGGGACAAUUAGGAAGGAAUUAACAAGGAUGUGUGUAGAAUUAUUUUUUAUGGUAUUUCAUUUGCUGGUACACACUUUGUUUUCUAAAGCUAACGUCUUAAAAUUUUGAAAAUUUCGAUUUUCCCGUAUUAUUUUCCGAUCUAUGGGGUUGAUGAUAACGUGCGCUCAAAGCAUUUAGCAUUGUCUGACUGUCCCGGAAGGCAUCACAAGGUAAAUGGCAGGAAUGUGGUUUGUUGGUUGAAAUAUCCCGAUUAAGGGAAGAAGAGGAUUGUUCCUUAUGAAUGGAUAUAUCGAUCUACGUUUACCGUAAAUUUAAUUUAUGUCCCGUCCACUUUGAUUGUUAAGUUUUGCAAAGCCAGCUCCCGAAGCUAACAGUCAUGUUUUGACAGCUCAGCUUGUCUGUAGGCUAGCUAGCUGACGGUGGCUAACUAACACCAGCUAUUUAUCAUUAACACCAACAACAUAAACCGGGGAAGAGGGGGCAGCUCACCUCUCUGGCUAAUGUUACUUCACUAGUUAAGUCAUGAUAGUAUUUUAAUGAACAAUGGGCUGUCAGAAAGCAACAGUUUUUAUGGUAGAUGGCUUACAGUCAUGUUAAUGUAACGCUACUGUAACACUGGGAAUUCCUAUGAAACUAGCCAAGGUUUUAGGAUAACUUAGCUUUAACUGCACAAUGAAGUGUCCUCGGCACACUGAGAAAGCUAGGGAAGAGAGGACAUUUUACAAGUAGCAUAGGUAAAGUAAAGCCAACUUGCUGCCGACUAGCUUUAGCUGCUAUGUGCCGUUUUACUUGUCUGUAUAACGUUAGAGCUUAUGUUUUAUAUAGUAACUUUUAAAACACUGCUUAAGCCAACAUUUUAAAAGACGAACAACUUUGAUUUAGCUGUCCUCUGUUGUUUGCCCUCUGUCUAAAAGACCUAUCAAUCAAUUUGGGUUUGAUAGAUUUGAAUAUUUCUGAUUUGACUAUUAUUUUGUUUACACUCAAUCACAGGUUGUCUUUAAAUGAAGUGCUCUUUAAAACCAGGAAGGUGACAGACCCCAGACCUUGAGGUCAUGCAUGCAGCCGGGCCUCUAGCCUGCGCUUUGUACACCCCCAGCCCUUGAGCCAGUGUGCUUCUACUAGGUGGAGGCUCUUCCUCCCUCUAGCCUCCAUUUCUCCCCUUUGCCCCCAUCAGCCCCAGAGUUCCGUAUGUUAACCCUUUUGAGCAUGUUUUACUAUAUCUGUCUGCGGCGACGCUCCAGGAGUGGGACUCGAGGCGAGGCUCUGACUAGUCGACGGGCUGUGGAGUCGGGCCAGCGGGCGGUGCUGCCGGUCAGUGUGGAAGUGGAGCAGUAUGCAAAGGAGGUUCUGGACUUCAGCUCCCACUAUGGCAGUGAGAAUAGCAUGUCCUACACUAUGUGGAACCUGGCUGGGGUACCCAAUGUGUACCCCAGCUCGGGGGACUUCACCCAGACGGCUGUAUUCAGAGCUUAUGGGACAUGGUGGGAACAGUGUGCCAGUGCUCCACCACCUUUCCGCCGCACCCCUAAAGGCUUCCACAGCCAGGAUUAUAUUGAACUGGGCUUUGAAGAGCCUGUCUAUCCUACAGCAGUGGAGGUGCUUGAGACUUAUUACCCUGGAGCCAUCGUCCAGAUCCUGGCCUGCUCUCACAACCCCUUCUCCCAGAACCCACCCACUGAUGUCAGGUGGGAGGUGCUGUGGUCAGGGGAGCCCACUAAGGCACUGACACCCCAGGCACGCCAGUUUUCCCCUACCAUCAAACAUAUCAGCUUCCCCACCAACCUGCUGCGUCUGGAGGUCAACAGCUCCUUGCUGGAUUACUACACAGAGCUGGAUGCCGUUAUUCUCCGUGGGGUAAAAGAGAGGCCCAUGCUGGCCCUUUACAAGAUGCCUGUCAUUGACAUUAGUGACCUGAGUGACAGUGAGGAGGAGCUGUCUGAUUUGGGCGGCCCUUUCAGGCAAGGAGGAGACAGCAAGCACCAGAGGACAGGAAAUGGCUACUUUGACAAGCUGCCCUAUGAGCUCAUCCAGCUGAUUCUGAGCCACCUGACCCUGCCAGACCUCUGCCGUCUGGCCCAGAGCUGUAAGCUGCUGCACCAGCACUGCUGCGACCCGCUGCAGUACACCCAGCUGAGUCUGCAACCUUACUGGGCCCGGCUGACUGACGCUUCCCUGGGACACCUGCAGAGCCGCUGCACCCUCCUCCAGAGGCUCAACCUGUCCUGGACCGGCAGCCGCGGAGCUCUAACCCUGACCGGAUUCAGCAGUUUCAUGAAGGCUUGUGGUCUCAGCUUGGUGUGUCUAGAGCUGUCCUGCUGCCAUUUCCUGAAUGAGGCCUGUCUGGAGGUCAUCUCCCAGACUUGUCCAGAGCUGCAAGAGCUCAACCUGUCCUCGUGCGACCGCCUCCACCCACAGGCCUUCACUCACAUCUCUAAACUAACCCGCCUUCGCAGGCUGGUGCUUUACCGAACCAAGAUAGAGCAAACAGCUAUUCUGAGCAUCCUGACUUUCUGCAUAGAGCUGAGACACCUCAACUUAGGGAGCUGUGUGAGGAUUGAGGACUAUGACGUUGUGGCCAGUAUGCUGGCUGCUCGCUGUCGCUCACUCUGCUCACUGGACCUGUGGCGCUGCAGAAACCUGACAGAUAGAGGCCUGGCCGAGCUCGUCUCUGGCUGCAGGAUGCUGGAGGAGUUAGACCUGGGCUGGUGUCCCACACUGCAGAGCAGCACCGGAUGUUUCCAACACCUUGCCCGCAGCCUCCCACGCCUGCGCAAACUCUUCCUCACAGCCAACCGCACCGUCUGCGACUCAGACAUAGAGGAGCUGGCCGCCAGCUGCCCCUCACUGCAGCAUCUUGACAUACUGGGUACGCGGUUGGUGAGUGCUGCCUCGCUGAAGAAGCUCCUCCAGUCGUGUCCUCAGCUCCUCCUCCUGGACGUCUCCUUCUGCUCCCAGAUAGACAUGCGGGUCGUCCAAGAGCUCUGUGGCUUCUUCCCCAACGUUGCCAUCAAGAAGAGUUUCACUCAGUGACCCUGGCACUGUCUCAUUUCCCACUGUCCGGAGGAAGUAAGAGAAGGGAGGUGCUCACCAGCAAACACUGCCCCAGAGCAAAUAAGAGUCAGGUCAGGUCCUGGAGGAGAUUGCAGACUUGCCUGCGUCUGUAUCACAGACGAGAUCUUUUAGUGGUCAGUAAAUAAAGCAGUUGGACUGGGUAAGGAGGUGCUUUGGAUUAACUGGCUGAACACAAACAACUACAGACUCCUUGUCAAAGAAUUAUAGAAUGCAAGACUUUUUUGUUGUUAUUUUUUGGACACUUGAAAUCAGGGUCGUUGCAGUAAAGCUGCUACAUCUAUAUGUAUAUGAAACACCACUUAUUUAUUGCCAAGAAACACAAGGCUAUAAAAUAUGCCUUGCUACUGGAUGCAAGAGAGAAAAUCUAGUCUUUGGUAGUCAUGUACUCAUGUCAGGGCCUUGGUCAGUGCCUUGUCAGAAUGUGCAGCAGACAUGGGCUGUUUUAAUGCAUGAAGGUCAUUCUGACAGCAUCUGUCAACAUCAAACUAGUUUGAUUGAAUUAUACGAAAUCAUACAUGAUGCUGUUGUGUUCAGAGGUAUUGGGAGAGUUAAAGGUAAAACAAAGGAGUGAUCGCAGCCUUACUUCACACACUGUACUGUGUUGAUUGUGUCAACUCAGACCUUUCCACAAGUUAUCUGUUGCUGCAAACUGACUGUGGAAUCAUACAUAUGGAUCUCAUUUGAAGUGAAACAACAACAGCACACUAUCAACUGUCCUUGCACCUGAGAUUCACUAACAACAUGUUUUCAUCAAAAAAACAUAUGCGAGAACUUGUGAAAAACCAAACUGGAACAAAAUUAGUUUUAAUUUACACGUGCUAUAAAAGUAGAUGUAGAAAAUACACCAAGGCAUCAUAUCAGACUGACGGACUGAGUGAUUUGAAACAGUGAAAAGUAACAGUUCAACCCAAAGAUAUACAAUUUGCAAUGGUAUAAAAUGGAAAGCAGCUAAUUCUCACAUGGAAGAAGCUGAAGGCAGUGACUGUUUGACUGCUGACUGCUUUGUUUUUGAAAAAACAAUUAUUUAAAAGUUUGCGAUUUAUUUACUCUCAAUUGAGUGAUUACUUAAUUAAGUAAUCAUGUCAGGUCUAAUCUGAUAGAACUGAUGCAACAAAUCCAUUUCAACUUUUUCAGUAGCAUUACAUGGAAUAGUUUCCACCAUAUUUUACCGAUGGAUAUAAUAAUGAUAUAUAAAUGAAGAAAGAGCUAUAACUGAGAUUGUGGCAUGGUAGGUGCCUUCUUAAUUAAUUACACAAGACUUAUGUUAAACUGAACUUUUGUUGGUUUAGGUCUGUAGAGAAAUCUGUAGAGAAAGUCACCAGAUAUAGUUUCAGUUUAAAACUAUCUUUUAGUGUGUCAUAGUUAUAUUACUGGUUAUCUGAGAUACUUCUAAAAGUGUUUAGAAGCAUUGGGCCCAAGUAUAACAAAAAUUCAGGUCAGGCGUUUAAGUCAGCCUGGCCAGUGUUAAUGAUAAUCAGACUGAUCGAUAAGUGUGUAUGCUUAGGUCAUACAGGUCCUUCAUUUUGUUGGUAAUUGUGAUUUAGUUUUAAGUGAAGUAGGGUUUAGGGCUUUGAUGAUGAGGAUGCAACAGUUUUGUCCCCAGAGCUAAAUGAUGAGGUUUGAACAUAACUAGUUCCACAGUGCUUUUGUGAUGCUGCAUGUUUUUCCUGUUGUUAUUUACAUUAAGCUGUUUGUCACUGCUGUUUGACUACAGCCACCUACUUAUGUACUUACCUACCAAACUGAAGAGAGGGGAAGUACUGUGAAUUAAGCUGAGGAUAGUGUGUUAAAAUGACACUGUGUAAAUACUCUAUGUGAUUUCAGCAAUUGUCCUGAAACUCAGGGGUUAUAUAUUUCAUCUGGUUUUAUUUUAUUUUUUUUUUAACAUAUAUGUUACUCCAGAAACCAGCACAGCUGACAUCUUUUUGGACAGUAACACCAGACUGAAUCAGAGGCUGUCUGCCAUAGGUGUUGUUCUUAUGACACAAAUGAUCAAUUAGCACUGAAAUGACUGAGACAAAGGCAAAAUUACAGCUUACUGGGUGUUGAAUGUUGCAGUGAUUGUAUGAUUGUGAAAAAUAUACUCCUGUUCCUAAUUAUUUAAGUUUUGUAAUAUAUGAAGCCACAGUUACAGUGUGGCAGAAGUGCUUGAAAAGCAUUUCUUUUUUGAAAAAACUUGAAUAGUUUUCUUUUAAGCACAUGCUAUUAGUCAAUAUUUGUGCCUUAUACUCCUGUUUGAAUGUGGUGUGAUGUCUGUGGUAUAGAUUGUAGUGAAGUGCUUUGCUUUUACGCCCUUCAACCAAAGUAAUACACAGAAACCUGGUCAUUAGUCCUACUACUAUAUUUGACCAGUUUAUAUGCCAUAUAUUGUAUAUCAGCCAUGUUAAUUAAUAUGCAAAAUAAUAUUUAUUUGUACUUCCCUGUAUGGUCAAAACAUUAUUUAAAUUCAUUAUCCUUAUGUUCAUAAACAGUGAUAUACAUUUUGGGAAAUACAGUGUUUUGUUUUCUUAUCCAAAGUCAAAUGAGAGAAACUAUUACUUUAAUUUCAUAGCAUUCAGUGGGUCUAAAGCCAAGCUUAGCACAGAGAAUGGAAGGACCUCUAUAGUCUAGCAUAGUACAAAGUCUGAAAUGUUAGUUAGCUGCAUUAACAGAAAAAAUCUUCCCAGCUUGACAAUCAAUAUCUGCAACAGUUGAACAAUGUGGUUGCCAAGCCAAAUGUGUUCAGAACUCUACUAAGAACACUGCAUUAGUGACAAGCUUGCAACUCUAACAAUUAAGAUGGUCUACCUAUAUAAGCCAGCUUUGAAGCAGAUGGAAACAUUUUUGUUUUCACUUUUGGAGGUGUACGGCUAGCAAGUUCUGUAGCAUCACUGAGGACACUAAAAUCAUGUCCUCAGUAUUUUCUCUGGAUGUUCUACCAGUACAGCCAGUUAAAUCAAAUCAACACUAAGGAAUUUGCUGUUUCUCCACCAGAGUUAAGCUUUUAAAAUGUUUUAGAGGAGGAUAACAUUUACAGAAAAUGCAGAUGAACAGUCAAAAGGAAUAAAUACUUUAUGAUGUGAGUUUUUUGCAGGUAAGGUGUUGGGAGAAUUUGAAAUGAUUGCCUUUGGUAUUUCUAAACUCUUCACUAUAGUCUUGAGGCUAACAGUUUCCCUGUUGCUUUGUGCUAAGCUAGGCUAAAGACCAGAAAGAUGCCCUGAAAUUCAACAGAUAUCAAACUUCCAAUCUAGUUAUGGAUUUGUGUGAAACCUCCAAAACACUGUACUGCCCCAUUAUAACUGCAUCUGUGUUGAAGUGGAUAUUUUUCCAUUUGUUGUCAGUAUUGUUUGUGUUUGAAACAGAGUGGAUAUGCUAACAAUAUGACACUAAUGUGUGCAUAUACAAGCCCUCCCAUUCAGAUGAUGCAAAUAUUACUGCAAUGAGUAGAAGUCAGAUAAUUGAAGCUGAAAGCAGUUUUGUUAUAGUUGGUUGAUUGGAGGCCAGGAAGUGCAUACAUCUCAUUUGCCUGUCUCACCCAAAACCAGGCAGUAAUUUCAAUUAUAUUUAAGAUAAUUACUUCUCAAAUAACGAGAACAACACAAUGAAAACACUGACAAUGUAUAACCUACUGUGUACAGCAACUAUCAGAAACAGCAUUUAUUUAAGGCAGCCUUUUUUGAAUUGAAUACCAUUCUCAGAUGGUCACUGUCAUAAAGCAGUUUGGUUCAACACUUACCAAUAUUUGUGUUGUAUUUGCUCACCACCUUGAGUGACUGGGGUGACCCUGCUUUUCUGUCAUGCAAAAUGCAUUCUCUCUUCUCCCAGUCUAGAUGUGUGGUCAGCCUCUGUGCCAUUGUUAUGACAUGCAGUGAUACUCUCUGUGCAGCAGUGUGAAAGCCACUGUUCUGUGACAAGAUUGUGCCUCUGUCAUGAUGAAACUGGGUGCUUCACUUUCACCAGAUUUUAAAUAAACCGAAGGCUGACGACUGAUACAGGA